UCGCAGUCCAACGUGGUUCUUUAGCCCGGGCUGCUGGUCCCUGCUUGCACUUGUUGGGUAAUAUCAUCCAAGUGACCAAAGCCUGCAUUGAAACAGCCACAGACUCUUCCCUUGACAUUUGCCUCUCAGUCCAGAGUUGAAGCAUGUAAGCAAGACAGUGCAGUUACACCGCUCCUGAUGAAUGUAAAAUAUUUAUGAGGAAUCAAAGAUGAAUUUGGAGCAGGAGAGGCCUUUUGUCUGCAGUGCCCCAGGCUGCUCACAGCGUUUUCCGACAGAAGACCAUCUGAUGAUUCACAGACACAAACAUGAAAUGACUUUGAAGUUUCCUUCGCUGAAAACAGACAACAUGCUAUCAGACCAAACUCCGACUCCAACCCGAUUCCUAAAGAACUGUGAGGAAGUGGGCCUCUUCACCGAUAUAGACUGCUCCUUAGAGCAUGAGUUUAGAAAGGCACAAGAAGAAGAGAACAAUAAAAGGAAUAUUUCAAUGCAUAAUACUGUGGGAGGAACCAUGGCAACGCCCGGGGCACACCAGCUCUCCAAUCCACGGAUGCCAAACCAUGACACCAGCAUUGUGAUUCAGCAAGCCAUGCCAUCACCGCAGUCAAGCUCAGUCAUAACACAAGCACCUUCCACAAAUCGGCAGAUUGGGCCUGUCCCAGGCUCCUUAUCAUCAUUAUUGCACCUGCACAACCGGCAAAGACAGCCCAUGCCAGCUUCUAUGCCUGGAACGUUACCUAAUCCUACCAUGCCUGGGUCCUCUGCAGUUUUAAUGCCAAUGGAGCGUCAAAUGUCAAUGAACUCCAAUAUCAUGGGAAUGCAGGGUCCAAACCUCAGCAAUCCAUGUGCUUCACCACAAGUCCCUCCAAUGCACUCAGAAGCCAAAAUGAGGUUGAAGGCAGCAUUGACUCAUCAUCCUGCAGGCAUGUCAAAUGGAAACAUGAACACCAUGGGUCAUAUGAUGGAAAUGAUGAGCUCCCGACAAGACCAGACAACCCACCAUCAUAUGCACUCGCAUCCACAUCAGCACCAGACGCUUCCUCCUCAUCACCCCUACCCACACCAGCAUCAACAUCCAGCACACCAUCCUCAUCCUCAAGCGCAUCACCAGCAGAACCACCCACACCACCACUCCCACUCCCACUUGCAUGCACACCCAGCACAUCAUCAGACCUCGCCACAUCCUCCACUGCACACAGGCGGGCAAGCACAGGUAUCAACAGCAGCUCAACAAAUGCAGCCCACACAAACAAUACAGCCUCCUCAGCCCACUGGGGGUCGCCGAAGGAGAGUGGUGGACGAAGACCCAGAUGAGAGGCGGCGGAAAUUUCUGGAACGAAACCGAGCAGCUGCCACACGCUGCAGACAGAAGAGGAAGGUCUGGGUGAUGUCACUGGAAAAGAAAGCAGAAGAACUCACCCAGACAAACAUGCAGCUUCAGAAUGAGGUUUCCAUGUUGAAAAACGAGGUUGCACAGCUGAAACAGUUGUUGUUAACACACAAAGACUGCCCAAUAACAGCAAUGCAGAAAGAAUCGCAAGGAUACCUAAGGAACCCAAGGCUUCUCACAACAGAUAAAACAACAGAUUCAAAAACCAUAUAAAUAUCAGAUUAAUCAAGCUUAAAAACAAUUUUAAAACAUUUACAUAUCUGUAAAUUAAAAACCAGUACUCCUGAGACUACUUCCUGCUUAAAAGCCUGCCUGAAGAGGAAGGUCUUUGCCUGACGACGGAAGGACAAGAUGGAGGGGGCCGACCGGGCUUCUUGGGGCAGCGCAUUCCAAAGCCACUGAGAAGGCCCUCUCUCAUAAUAGAUAGUACACACCUGCAGCAAAGCAUAAACAACCAGCCCUUUAGCAUAACAGUUCAAGACAUAGACCAGCCAUUAAACUGAAAGAUGGUUAGUAGAGACCUCUCAAAGAUGUUGACAUUUUCAAUGGCAUCUAGCAGUGCCAUCUAAAUUCAAAAAGUGUGCUGGCUGUAUGAUGUUUGGAAUCCACAGACUCUACUUCUAUUGACAGAAGUUCUCUUAUGCCAAUAGAAUUUCUUUCUGAUGGCCAACCUCAGCCAUCUGCCUGCAGAAGGAUCAGCCAGCACCAAUGCUGCAUUAGCUAAGAUGAGCUGGCAAAAGAGCCAAUUAGAGGCAGAGAAGGGGAGAGGUGAGAGAGCAGCUGAUUUGCACCAGAUCGAAACUUCCUCCAGUGCAGAGGUGUUAUGCUGGUUUGUUAGUACAAAGAUAAGCUAAGGUGAGACUGAUUCUAGGUAAUUUCCAGCAUCUCUAAGCAGGGCAAUGGCAGGGAAUGGUGGAUUCAACAUAGUUCCCGCUGGCCUAGUGACAACAGCUCAAAUAGUCCUCAGCCAUGGCUAGUCUGGAUUGUGCAAUCUUUUGUUCCCCAAAGGCUGCCCCAGGGAGCAAAGGAUAUAAGGACAGAGAAAGAGGCCCCACUCACCCCACCAGUCCCUGAGAAAAUGUGUGCAUUACUUUCCUCCCCAGUACUGGAGCUGUGAUGUCGUCAUUGACUUCGUUUUCAUUUGCAUCGGAAACUAGGGCCUGGAUGUACUAGUUUUGGUUCCAGUGACUCACAGGGCGGUAUAUUUUUAAAAAAUAAAAAAAAUUCUCCCACAUAGAAAAUUAGCUAAGCUAACUCUCUUGAUGUCUUCUUACUGAGGUAGAGAGAUUUUUCCACCCUCAGAAUCCAAAGUGUUACAUACUUAGCUGUAUUCUCUCUGUUGUAUUCCUGCUUACAGUAGGAAUAUGGCAGGUGCGUGUUUGUAAAUGUAUAUUUCACCAUUGAAAUCUGGGAACUUGGUUGGAUCUGUGUUCCAAACACGGGUGCAAUUUUCAGCUUGCAGACUUGGUGCUAUGUUAAGUGACUUGCUCUUCAAGUCUUAGUUUAGAUCAAGAUUAGUUUGAAUACAUCUGGCUGCUUCUUCAGCUCACGUUUUUCCUGCCUCAGAAAAGCAAAUGGCCAGGUUGACUGGAGGAUUCUGGGAGAAUGUGGGGGCCAAAGAGG